AUGUUGGUUCUUGCAUUUGUUAGCAAUGAAGACGAGCCAGUUGCGGGGAAAUGCAUAGUUUUUUGCAAAAGUUCUGCCUCAAAAUUAAUAACACCUGGCAAUGUUUCAGAAGAGGUAAGCAUGAUUUGUUUCCCCAGCCAGCAAGGAGAUCUACUUGGACCCCUGCACUUCAUCAUGUCCAAUCUUUUUGUGCAAUGCCUUAAUCACAAACAGGACCUCAACAAAGUGCAAAUGUCAUCUGAUGUGCAAAAAUUUAAAUCUGUACUGGAAGAUUUUACAGAAAAACUACCAGAAUUUAAAGACAGUGUGGAUGAUGGCAUUUAUUUGAAGAGAUGUGACAUCAGUGAUAUGUUGGAACAACUGACACCCAUGCAAUAUUUUGAAAUUGCCAAAGACAGGAAAGUUGUGAAGGAGUCAGAAGAUUUGUUGAUAUGCUGGAUGGACCAGAUAAGCAGGUUGUUAGAGGAGUGCAAUCGCAUACGAAGGGAGGAACCAGAUGCUGGUCCACAUGUUGAACUUUCUCAUUGGAAGCUCAGAAUGGCUAAAUUUGCCAUGUUGUUAGAACAAUUGAAAUCAUCACAUUGCAAAGCCGUGGUUCAUAUCUUAUUGGCCAACAGGUCGAAGUAUCUUACCCAGUGGAAAGACUUGGAUUCAAAGAUCACUGACGGAGUAAAUGAGGCGAAAGACAACGUAAGAUAUUUAGAAGCGCUCAAAACCAACUUUGGUCAUAUGAAACAAUGCAAUCCAGUAGAGAUGCAAAAGAUGAUCCCAAGGCUUUUAAACUGCGCUCAAUUGGUCUACAAUGUCUCUUCAUAUUACAACACCAAUGAACGAAUGACCUCACUCUUUAGUAAGCUGACCAACCAAAUGAUCACUUCCUGUAAGCUUUAUAUGGUGACCUGUCUAAGCGACAAAAAUCGUGAUAGUAAUAACAAUAGUGGUUCAAAAGGUUCUACUACUUCAGGUUCUUCUAAUAAAGAAGUUGUUUUUGUUAAAAGAAUAUCAACUGGCAGUCUUGAAUUAAUUUGGAAUUUGAAGUACUCGGACGUGAAGUCAAGGAUUGAUAAUUGUGUCUCAUUGUACCGAACAUAUAAAAGCAAAUUCAAUGAGAUAAAAGAAAAACUAUCUGCCAAUAAGGAAAUGAAACAAUUCGACUUUAGUGAAAACACUAUUUUCGGAAAGUUUGAAAUGUUUGUGAAACGACUUCAGCAGUUGGCAGUUAUUCGUGGCUGGAUGCACGAAUUCUCGCCACUGCAGCACGUCAAUGUUGAUGGCGUGCAAGUAUUUAUAAACAAGUAUCAAGUCAUCUUGACCAGCGUCAGGAAUAUCAAAUAUGACGUCCUCGAUUAUCGUAAACAACAAUUCAACCGUGACUACGAAAACGUCAAAAUUUCAUUCAAGACAUUGUCCAACCAGUUGAACAACUUCAUUGAUUUCUCAUUAUCCAGACUAUCGCCUAUAGUGAAGCAAAUCCAAUUUUUGUCCAACUUCACUGCCUUUCCAGCUCAUCACAUUGAUGUCAACGCUAAAUACCUGGCCGUAUUCGACGUUUAUUCGCAUCAUUUAAAUUCAGUUCUGACUUCAUUUGAAGAAAAUAAAAGCCAUCCACCAAGAUGCCGGAACUUUCCAGCGAUGAGCAGUGCUAUGUACUGGAGUGACCUGCUACUCAUGAAGAUCAUGAAACCUAUGGACCUCUUUAAAGUUAUACCUGGAUUGCUCAAGAUGGACGGAUGUGUGGCCACGAUUAGGAAAUUCAACAAGCUGGCCAUUGACCUCGUCGAAUAUAAACAAUCAAAGUUCAAAGAAUGGGCAACGCAAGUUGAAGAAGCAAUGGACUGUUUGAAGUCACCUCUCUUGAUGACUGAAGAUGAAAAUCUCAGAGUGAAUCUGGAUGUGAAGGUGUUUGAGCUGCUGCUUGAAGUGAAGCACUUGCGCAAGAUGGGGAUGCAAGUGCCAGAGGCUGCUCUUCUGCUCAGCCACGUCGAACCCAGGGUCAAGAGACUUUAUGAGAAUCUCAAGUGUUUGACGACCAUUUACAACACAACCAUGAACAACAUAUCGGCCAGUAUGGAAUUUAUGUUCAGACCAAUUAGAAGGAGGAUUGAUCGUUUGAUCGCACCUGGAUUGCGUCUCAUCACCUGGACCUCGGUUCAAAUUGAUCAAUCACCAUCAUUUGCGAAACCAUGGCAAUACGGUGUAGAUGAUGUAUUAUUUGUUGUUAUGUCACAGAAGAAACUUAUUUUAUCAGAUAUCAGCAAGGCCUACAACGCAGUAGCGUCCUUCAACAACCUCUGCACAAUGGUUCGAGACAUGUUGGAGAGUAGGAUUGGCUCAAAGUUGGAUGUUGUCGCCAACACAUCCUGCGUCGCCAGAAUGAAUGUGACCAUGAAUGUUACGCAAUUUUUCAACAGAAACAUGGAAUAUUUGACCAAUAAGCAAAAUGAGUUUUCCAAGAUAAGUAGCGACAUAGAAUCAAAUCUGAAUGACACCUUUGAACUAUUGAUGGGACACAUGAGUGCCGAUGAGUGGAAGCAGUUCCAUGAACUCUGCGUUGAGGACCUGGAUGCUUACUCUGUUGUCGUCUUCUCCUUUGCUCAGAAACUUCAGGAGGCCUUCAUCAAAUGUGAGAGUCAUUUUAAAUCUCUUGAUCAAGUAGUUUCUUUUGGUGAGGUUGGCGUAGUUCACCAAGAAAUUUCUGCCAUCAAGAUAAGCUUAGAAUCCCUGAAAAAUGUUCUCCAUGGCGCAAACGGUCAGCUAAGAAUGGAUGAUGAUGAGGAGGAGGAGGAGGAGGAAGUGAGGGACGAAGAAGUGACGAAAGAUGAGAGUUACGAUGGACAAAAGAGAACAGCCUACAACGGAGCUGUCAUCUCCGUCGAUGUAACCCUAUCGAAAUUUAAUAACUCAAUAGUACUGUCGACAUCUAUCGACGAUAUUCAAGCGUGCAUUACAAAGUUGCUACAGAACAUAACGAAGAUGGCUGACCGUCUCAUUGACUGGGAGGCUCUCAAGAAAGUUAACGAAGCCACAAAAAGCGAGCAGAACACUGACCGUUUGAGUUCGUCGACGUAUAAAACACCGAGUGGCGAUUCAUCGGGCGGCCCGGUAGCGAGGAUCAGCAGAGUGCUGCACGACAACUCGGAAAUCUCCAGGCUCAUUGUCCAACUCUGUUCCAUCAUUACAAACAACCGCAAGUCAGUUUCGUCAUUCCUGAGCAGCUUCUCAACGUUCAACGAUCUCUUCGAUGAGACUUUAGAUGAGAAAAUAGAAGAGUUUAAGAAUUUGUGUCUCCUGGCAUCUGAACUGCCCAGCACUUCAACGUGCGACUGCCUUCUUCUGACAUUGGAUAACUUGAAAAGUUGCUUCAUGAAGGAAGGCCACAGGAAGAUGAUGAUGUAUGCAUCCGUGCACAACAACCAGUGCACACUCCAGUUAAAACCACUUGUUGCUUACGUACACGGUGCUAGCAGAAAGUUGGACAGACCUGUUAAAGACCUAGAUGAUAUUAGAUUGCUCAUGUCCGUAAUAACUGAGUUGAGGGAGAAAGAGGUCGAUGUUGAUCACGAGCUGCUCUACCUGGAAGAAACAUUCCUGAUGUUCAGCAAGUACAACUUGCAUUUCAGUGACGGCAAUGUUGAAUCCAUAGAUGCCGCUUCGUAUCAGUGGAAGUUAUUGAAACAGAAAGCCCUGUUAACUCAAGACAACCUAUUGAAAAUUCAACCGACGUACAUGAAGAUGCUGGUAGCCAACGUUCAUCAAUACAAACAGGAUUUGAACGUUUUUGCUCAGCAGUAUAAUUCAUGCUUUUAUGCCAAAGAUCAACAAAAUUUAUCUCCUCGCGAAUCUCUCAACAAACUGACAUCUUUCCAGUUUGAGUUUGAGCAACUGUGGGACAAAUACGUCAGCUAUAACGGCGGGGAGCAACUUUUCGGUCUGCCAGUAACCCAAUUCAAUCAACUGAUAGAGUUGAAAUCAGAUUUAGAUUUGAAGCUACUCUUUUUCACGUUAUACAACGAUGUGUCGAAACGCUUAAAUGAAUUGCUUGAAAGUUCUUGGGCUGAUGUUAACAUCGUUGAAAUGAUGUCAGACAUAAAUGCCUUCUAUAAUAAAAUUGUGAAGCUGCCCCCUGCCGUGAAAACAUGGUCCGAGUACGAAGACUUGCGCGAAAUGAUAAACAACUACAUUGAAGUGCAAUCGCUGAUCGAGAUGAUGAGCGCUGGUCCCCUGGCGGACAACGUAUGGCGUCAGAUAUUCAGCUUGUGUGGGGAAGUCUUUGAAUUCAAUGAGACCAAUGUUAUGCUGAUGAAAGAUGUCAUCAAGUUGCCAUUGUUGAAGUUUAGAGAAGAUAUCGAGUUGACUCUGACCUUGAACUUGCAGGAUGUUUGCAUAACAGCGUCUAGAGAGAAAGACAUUGCAUACAAGUUGAAAUCACUGGAAGAUUUCUGGAGAUCACAAAAAUUUGACUUUUCAACAUUUAAAGGAAAGGAAUUGUUAUUCAAAGGUGAUUCGAUAAAUGAAACUGUAACCUUCAUAGAGGACGCCAUGGUCCUCUUGAGUUCUCUCAUCAGCAACAGAUACAGCUCAUCCUUCAGACCUCGCCUCCAGGAAAUGCUUUCCAAAUUGACUGUUACGAUGGAGACCAUUGAUAAGUGGAUGUGUGUUCAAAACAUGUGGUUAUACAUGGAAGCUGUGUUUGAAACCAGAAAGUUUUUGAACGUGGACAAGACCUGGCAGAGAUUGAUGCAGAGGGCCCACGAACAAAAUGUCAUCUUGGACUGUUGCAGCACCGGUGAGAGCCUCAGCAUCAUGUUGACUCACCUGAGCGACCAGCUGGAGUCAUGCCAAAAAUCAUUGAGUAGUUAUCUAGAAAAGAAGAGGUUACUCUUUCCUAGGUUCUUCUUCGUGUCUGACCCAGUUUUGCUAGAAAUAUUAGGUCAGGCCAGUGACCCUCACACAAUACAGGCGCAUUUGUUGAGCGUUUUUGACAAUACGAAAUCAGUCACGUUUGAUCAUAGGAUAUACGAGAAGAUGUUAUCAUUGGUGUCUCAGGAAGGUGAAACAGUUGAACUGACCCAUCCCGUCUUGGCUGUGGGUCACGUGGAAUCAUGGUUAAAUGAUUUAUUGGUAGAAACUCGAUCAACCGUACACAAUUCCAUCAAGCAAGCACACUCUGUAAUCAGCGAAGAGUCCUUCAGUUUCAUAGACUUUCUUCAUCAGCUGCCGGCUCAGGUGGGUUUGUUGUGCUUGCAAAUGAUAUGGACCUGCGAUUCGGAGAACGCGCUACUCAACUGCAAGCUCAACAAGAAGAUAAUGCAGACCGCAGAUGGUCAUUUUUUAGAAAUGCUACACCAACUAAUCGAAGUUACAACAAAAGAUUUGAAGGCAUUAGAACGUACAAAGUUUGAAACUUUUAUCACGGUGCAUGUCCAUCAAAAAGAUGUUUUCGAAGAAUUGGUGAUAUCUCAACAUGUGAAGUCUCCAUUUGAUUUUGAGUGGCUGAAACAAUGUCGUUUUUAUUAUCAUGACGAUGAAGAUGAAUGUGCCGUAAAUUUGACUGAUGUCAAAUUCAGAUACAUGAAUGAAUAUCUUGGAUGUUCCGAAAGAUUAGUCAUAACUCCGCUCACUGAUAGAUGUUAUAUAUCCCUUGCACAAGCACUCAAAAUGUCAUUGGGAGCUGCUCCCACUGGUCCCGCUGGAACUGGAAAAACGGAAACAACUAAGGACAUGGCUCGAUGUCUGGGCAAGUAUGUUGUCGUUUUCAACUGUUCCGAUCAAAUGGAUUAUCGAGGCCUCGGAAGAAUAUUUAAGGGACUGGCUCAGUCAGGAUCUUGGGGCUGUUUUGAUGAAUUUAAUCGCAUUGAACUGCCAGUAUUGUCAGUGGCUGCUCAGCAAAUAUCCAUCGUUUUGUCUUGUAAGAAAGACAAGAAAUCUCAAUUUCUUUUUUCAGAUGGAGAUCUGGUCGAUAUGGAUUCAGAGUUUGGAAUUUUUAUCACUAUGCUUAGACAAGUGGGCCAAAAAGCUGAAGCAAGCAUGGUGAAGAUUGUUAUAGGAUCUUGCGAAAAAAUUUGUGAUUGGAGUAUCGGACCAAAUAAUAAUGGCGAAAUGAUUAGACAAAGUGAGCAUGGUAGCGUAGACAAGCGGACUGGGGCUGCUAUGAACAGGAUUAUUAUAAUCAAAGUCAAGUUGGCAAGCGCCGGGUUCAAGCAGAACAUACUACUUUCAAGGAAAUUCUUUUCGCUGUAUAAAUUAUGCGAGGAACAACUGAGUAAACAGGUACAUUAUGACUUUGGUCUUCGUAAUAUAUUAUCUGUACUGAGAACAUUGGGAAUUGUCAGAAGAACGGACAAGGAGCGGAACGAAAUGGUAACAUUGGUGAGAGUUCUCAAAAGUAUGAACAUGAGUAAGCUGGUAAACGAAGACGAACCAAUAUUUAUUUCUUUGUUCAAUGAUCUUUUUCCUGAAGUCAAUCAGCGCGAAUCUGGAAGUCAUGUCAUCAUUGAAAAUGCUGUCAAAAAUCUGGUGGAACAGUCGCCGUUCCUGGUGCAACAUGAACCUUGGACCACAAAAAUUAUUCAAUUAUAUGAAACACAAAAUGUCCGUCACGGAAUUGUUGUACUGGGUCCUAGCGGUUCUGGAAAGUCGACAUGCAUGCAAACUCUUCGAUCGGCUCUGACUGACUGCGGAAAUCUACACAAGGAGGUGCGAAUGAACCCGAAAGCACUAACUGCUUCUCAGAUGUUCGGCAGACUGGAUGCAUCUACCAAUGAUUGGACAGACGGUAUUUUCUCAAUUCUUUGGCGCAAAACCCACAAGACCAAAAAAGGUGAGAAUACCUGGCUAGUUCUGGAUGGACCAGUUGACGCAAUUUGGAUAGAGAAUUUGAAUUCGGUUCUUGACGACAAUAAAACAUUGACAUUAGCCAACGGUGAUAGAAUCUCCAUGUCAGCAACAUGUAAGAUAAUAUUUGAAGUGCAGCACUUAGAGAAUGCUUCACCAGCCACAGUGUCCAGGAAUGGCAUGGUCUACAUGAGUUCUGCUGUCAUGCAGUGGCGUAUCAUACUUGAAGGUUGGUUGAAAAACAAACCACUACUUAAAAAAAGGUUGUUGCCGUUGUUUGAAGUAUGUUGGGAUGAUAUCUACAAGUAUGUUCAUUGGCAACUGAACGAAAAACUUCAGGUUUUAGAAUGCAUGUACAUAGCCCAAGCAAUCAACAUAAUUACUGGCCUGCUCACCGAUGUUACUGAACAAUUUUCAAACAAUGAGAUGAUUUUGAAAAAGCUUGUGACCUUCGCAUUUGUUUGGUCACUGGGAUCUCUGCUGGAGUUUGAUGACCGUAACAAGCUUGAAGCAUACAUGAAAGAGUCAUUAAAAGAACAUCUCUCGUUUCCUGUUGCACCUGGUGACGGUGAUGAUGAGAGCAGCAGUAUUUUCGAUUGGUUCGUUGAUGAUCAGGGUCAUUGGAAACAUUGGAAUCAUCUGGUUCCAUAUUUUUGCUUCCCAUCAUCACCUGCGUUUGAUUUCACGAAUUUGAUAGUGCCGAAUGCCAACAGCACUUGCAUCCAAUAUCUCAUCAAUCUCAUUGCUUCCCAGGAGAAAGCAGUCCUGUUGAUUGGAGAACAAGGCUCAGCCAAGACAUCCGUCAUUAGAAAUUAUUGUGCGGGUUUUGAUCCGGAGAAGAGAUUAUUUAAAAAUAUCAACUUUUCGUGCACCACAACGCCCCACUCCUUUCAGAAAUCUUUGGAGAGCUUCAUGGAGAAGCGGAUGGGUGCGACGCAUGGACCGCCAGCUGGUAAGAAGAUGACUCUCUUCAUUGACGACAUCAACAUGCCGCUCGUAAAUGUCUGGGGUGACCAAGUUACGAACGAAACGACGAGGCAGCUCCUUGAAUCUAGUGGUUUGUACAGUUUGGAUAGGUUGGGUGAGUUUAUAAGGAUAGUGGAUCUGCAGGUGUUGGCCUGCAUGUGCCAGCCAUCUGGCGGCAGAAAUGAUAUCCCUCAGAGACUUAAACGCCACUUCAGUAUUUUCAACUGCACCCUCCCAUCACAAACUUCCAUAGAUAAAAUAUUUUCAACUAUUGCUUCAGGAUAUUUUUGCAAGAAAAAUGGAUUUGCCGAUGAGGUACGUGAAUUAAUUGCUGAUCUGGUACCGGUAACAAGAAAGUUAUGGCAGGAAGUGAAAGGCAGCUACCUCGCCACACCAGCUAAAUUCCAUUAUGUAUUCAAUUUGAGAGACCUCAGUAGAAUUUGGCAGGGCAUGUUGAGGUCGAAGGCACGAGUCAUCAGAGGCAAGAAAGAUUUGCUAAGUUUGUGGCAACACGAGUGCACGAGAGUCAUAUGCGAUCGGUUCACAAAUGACAAGGACAAGCAGCUUUUUGUCAAUAUCAUGCAAAAAUCGUUGGAAGCAACAGAUCUCUUGGAUGCUUCCGAAGCAUCGAAUGAUGUUUAUUUUACAAACUUUAUGAGAGAAACAGAUGAAAGUGUUGAAAAUAAUGAAGGAAAAAUAUAUGAGCCAGUUGAAUCUAUUGACGAAUUACAAAGCAAACUGACUUCUUAUCAUCAACAGUACAAUGAAUUGAUCAGAGGCUCACACAUCAACUUAGUUUUCUUCAAAAAUGCAGUGGAGCACGUGGUCAGGAUUUUACGCAUAAUCGGUUUAGUGAGAGGACAUGCCCUGUUGGUGGGGGUAGGUGGGUCGGGCAAACGAUCCUUAACCAAGCUGGCCACUUUCAUUGCCGGAUACAAUCUCUUCCAAAUCAGUUUGACAAAGUCGUACAAUGUGAAUAACUUGCUGGAUGAUUUUAAGACAAUUCAUAAGAUGGCAGGAUUGCAGGAUAAAAGUGUCUGCUUUAUGGUAACCGACAGCGAAAUCAAAGACGAAACAUUCCUUGAAUAUUUUAACGACAUUAUGGGCCCAGGAGAAAUACCAGUCUUGUUCACGAGGGAAGAGAAAGAUGAGAUACAACAAAAUAUUCUUCCCCUUUUCAAAAAGUACCACCCAAAACAACCGACCACAAAUGAGAACCUUUAUGAAUAUUUCUUAUCGAACGUCAACAAAAAUCUUCACAUCGUCCUGUGUUUCUCUCCUGUUGGAGAAAAGUUUCGCAGUCGAUCGAUGAAGUUUCCGAGUUUGAUAUCGGGUUGCACGAUGGAUUGGUUCGAAAGAUGGCCUACUGAUGCUCUACUCAGUGUUGCCCAUCACCACCUUUCUACUUUCAACAUUGUUGCUGCUGAGGAAAUCAAACAUUCGGCAACAUGCCUGAUGGCAGUCGUGCACGAUUCAGUUGCUCAGAUCUGCUUGGAAUAUUUUGAGUGCUACCGACGUUCGUGCCACGUCACUCCCAAGUCUUUUCUCAACUUCCUCAAGACCUACAAAACUCUCUACAGUGAAAGGUUUAAAAACUCCAAUCAACUGCUUGAUAGAAUGCAAACAGGAUUAGAAAAGUUAGAAGAAGCCAGUGAAUCCGUGAAUCAAUUGUCAGAAGAGUUGAAGAUGAAAGAAAAAGAACUGGUUGUUGCAACAGAAGAAGCAGACAAGGUCAUGCACGAUGUUCAAACCAGAGCACAAGCAGCCGAGCAGGUCAAAGGUCAAGUUCUCGCGGUCAUGGAGAAGGCUCAAAAGAUAGUCAAUGACAUAAAUAUCGACAAAGCGAAGGCAGAACUAAAACUGGAAGCUGCUAAACCAGCUCUUGAAGCAGCAGAGGCAGCAUUAAGAACAAUUCAUUAUUCGCACAUUGCUUCAGUUCGAAGACUAGGUCGGCCACCUAACUUAAUUAUGAGGAUAAUGGACUGCGUUCUCCUACUAUUUCGACUCCCGAUCCUUCCCGUCAGCAUUAACAUGGAAAGAUUAUGUCCUGAGCCUUCCUGGAACGAAGCACUCAAACUCAUGGCUCAAGCUAAUUUUCUUCAAGGACUUACUAACUUUCCAAAGGACACGAUAAAUGAAGAAACGGUUGAACUGCUUCAGCCAUACCUGAACAUGCCUGAUUACAACAUCGAAACCGCUACAAAAGUUUGUGGCGACGUGGCAGGUUUAGCUUCAUGGACAAAAGCCAUGGCGGAAUUUUACGUCAUCAAUAAAGAAGUUUUGCCUCUGAAAGCCAACCUGGCUGUGCAUCAAGCGAAGCACCAGCUAGCCAUCAAAGAUCUUGACAAAGCUCGGGCAGAGUUGGAUGAGAAACAGUUGGAACUGGAUAAAGCACAGGCUCUUCACAAUCAAGCAAUCAAAAAAAAGAAGGCGUUGUUAGAUGAUGCAACAUCGUGCAAAAAAAAGAUGAACAAUGCAAAGAUACUGAUUGAGAGUUUGGCAGGCGAGAAAGAGAGGUGGGUUGAAUCGAGUUGCACCUUCAAGAGACAGAUUGGGCAGCUGGUUGGAGAUGUGCUGCUCGCUGCUGGCUUCUUAUCAUAUGCAGGUCCCUUCAACCAGCAGUACAGGAGUGACAUGUUGAGGAAGUGGAAAAACAAAUUACUUUCAUAUAACAUACCUCUUUCUGAUGACUUCAACGUGACGACAAUGCUGGCUGACAAAUUGUUGGUGUCGGAGUGGACCUCACAAGGUCUCCCAAAUGAUGAACUUUCAAUUCAAAACGGAUUGAUUGUAUCAUCAGCCGGAAGGUACCCCCUCCUCAUCGAUCCCCAAGAACAGGGCCGAACGUGGAUCUGCAAGAAAGAAGCUGCAAACCAGCUUAUUGUGAGCACCUUCAGUGAGAAGCACUUCAGGACGCACUUGGAGACCGCACUGACCCAAGGAAGACCUCUGCUGAUCGAAGACGCUAGUGUAGACAUUGAUCCCGUCAUAGAUAAUGUCCUCGAUCACAACUUUUUCAAACUUGGAUCUAUCAUGAAAGUGAAAAUAAGCGACAAAGAAGUGGAUGUUAUUGAUGGUUUCAAAAUGUACAUAGCCACGAAACAUUCCAACCCUUCUUUCACUCCUGAAGUGCAAGCGAAAACAAGUCUCAUCGACUUCACCGUUACUUCCAAAGGUUUAGAAGAUCAACUCCUAGGGCUUGUUAUCCUUACAGAAAAAAAGGAAUUGGAAUCUGAGCGUCUGAAACUGCACGAAGAAAUAUGGCAGAACAAUCAAAAGAUAAAGCAGUUGGAAGAUGACCUCCUGCAAAGAUUGGCAUGUACUCAAACCUCACUGGUCGAAGAUGAUUCACUUAUUGAAGUUCUCAAGGUCACAAAGCUCACCGCCAAAGAAAUUAACAACAAAUUAACAAUUGCUGCUGCAACCGAGUUGAGAAUAAACCAAGCCAGAGAAGAAUAUAGACCAGUGGCCAGUCGAGGAUCGAUAACGUAUUUCCUAAUUGUUGAGAUGAGUCUGGUGAACUGCAUGUAUCAAACAUCUCUCAAUCAGUUCCUUCAGUUGUUCUAUUCGUCAAUGAAAUGUGCGGCAAAAUCAUUGGUCGUAUCGAAACGAGUAGGCAGCAUAGUUUCCGCGCUUACGUUGUCUUCAUUCACGUACAUCACAAGAGGCCUCUAUGAAAAGGAUAAGUUUCUUUUCUCACUCCUGUUGGCACUUAAAAUUGGACUUCAAGAUGGAAGUGUUCCACAUGAAUUAUUUCAUGUGUUCAUCAAAGGUGGAGCUGCACUUGACUUGAACACUGUGCAGGCAAAACCAAAAAAGUGGAUAAGCGAUGUCACUUGGUUGAAUCUGGUUGAACUGAGUAGACUUAGAUUCUUCAACAGUUUAACAAUGCAAGUAGCCAAUAAUGACAAGGCUUGGAGGGAUUGGUAUGAAUCUGCUGAACCAGAAGAUGUCCCAUUUCCGGAAGAGAAUCUACAAAAACUGUCAACGUUUAACAAGCUGCUGUUGAUCAGGUGUUGGUGUCCCGACCGAGCAGUCAACAUGGCAAAAAUUUACGUCUCUGAAGUCUUAGGAAAACAGAUGAAUUGUAAACGAAUUUGUGAUAAAAUACAGUAUGUAGAUGGUGUUGCAGUUGAUUUUGAACUAAUGUCCCAAGAGGCCACACCACUUUCUCCACUUGUUUGCUUGUUGUCUCUCGGCUCUGAUCCUACCGAAACUAUUGAAAAACUGGCAAAGUCAAAAAAUAUCGGUAAUUUUUAA